UGAAAUUUCAUCAUAUUAAAAUUCUUCAUAAACAAUUAGAUAAUGGCCACAUCAAAGAAUUCUACUGAACCUGUUAAAGUGGCAGAAGAAAGUGGAAUAUGUGGUGAUGGUAUGAAAGAAUACUUGGAACCACGGUUUGAGUGUCCAAUUUGUUUAACAUGGCUACGUGAUCCAGUUUUAACAUCUUGUGGUCAUAAAUUUUGUUCACGGUGCAUUUACACUUGGUUACAAAAAGAAGGUGCUUGUUGUCCAAUAGACAGUCAACCAUUAAAAUCUGAAAGCGAUCUUUUCAGAGAUCUUUAUACAAGUAGAGAAAUAUCACAACAACGUACCACAUGUGUGUAUCGUCAACUUGGUUGUAUGACUGAAUUGUCACCAGUUGAUAUGGAAACUCAUAUCAAUGAAUGUACAUACAAAAAUCUGUCAACUUCAAAUGAUAUUCCAUGUUCCUUUAAAGACGUCGGUUGCAUGGAAUUAUUUUGUUCGAAAGAAACUUUGCGCAUUCAUUUGGAUAAAAAUAUCAAUUUACACUUAACUAUGAUAUUAAAUUCACUUUCACGUAUAUCGAUGACUCAAAACAAUGUCAGUGCUUUAUCUGCAGAAUCUAAAUUAUGGGAUCCACCACCUAAAAAUGGAACAUCGGUGUCAGAUAAAGAACCACCACCUGAUUGGCAACAAUUAUUAAAGAAUUUGUAUGAAAGGAUAGUUGUAUUGGAACAACAAAAUCGAGAACUUUCAAUUACAGUCUCCAAUCAAAAGAAUCAAUUAACCGCAUUACAAACUUCAAUACGUUUUAACAAAGAUGAAAUGUUAUUGCGUAAUUGUAAUGGUGUUUAUAUAUGGAAAUUAAAUUCCUUUAGAGAAAAGCUCAAUGCUAUGAUAGAUGAUCCUUUAAAGAUGUAUUAUAGUUCAGGAUUUUAUACUGGACCUAACGGUUACAAAAUGUGUGCAAGAAUUAACAUAUCAUCUAAGGAUCCAGAAUUUUUAUCAUUACUUUUACAUAUCAUGAAAUCUGAGAAUGAUGACGCAUUGGAUUGGCCCUUCAAUGGUGUUAUGUACUUUGUAUUGAUACAUCCACAUAAUUCAGAAAAAGAUAUUAGAGAAAAGACUUGUUCAAGACCUGAUCUUGAAGCUUUCAGAAAACCCAUUUGUGAAUUAAACAAACGUAGUUUUGGUUAUGUUGAAUUUUUGGGUGAAUAUUUAACAUAAGGGAAUGAUCAGAUAACCUGGUUUCUACAUUGAAAGUCCUACUUUCUAGAAAGAUAAGAAAAAUAAUACUUUCUAUUACUAUACUUGAGAAGAUUCAAUUGUGAUAGUUCGUAACGAAGACAUUGUAUUGUAAAAAUGA